AUGGAGUUUCACCUCCCACAAACCGAUCUCUGGACUACUUCCAUGGAAGAACAAACUAAAUCCAUCGACAAACCCGACCCCAUGUACUUCCCUUCUCCGGCCAGGCCCUCCGCCGCCUCCAUCCCCACGCCCUGGCCCAUGUCGCCGGCAAGGACGCCGCCGCCGCUGCCACAACAACAACAACAGCCCGUUGUUUACCACUGCAUAGCCUCCCUCCACCGGCCGGACGGGAACAUAGUGUCGAUAGCGGUGACGAAGGAGUUCAUAUUCGUGGGGUCGGAGAGCGGCCGGAUUCAGUCGUGGAAGCUGCCGGAGUGCCCCGGAAUGGGGUUCAUUAAGGCCAGCUCCGGCCAGGUGGGGGCCAUGUUCGCCUGCGGGAGGAUGCUGUUUACUUCCCAUGGGGACUGCAGAGUCCGGAUUUGGGAUGUGAAAAUUGGCGGGAAGAAAUUGAAGCCCAAAAAGAUUUCGACUUUGCCGCCGAAACGGUCGUUUUUGGCGAUGAGAAACAUACGCGCCGCCCAGCAGCAGCAUACAGAUCUCAUCUCUUGCUUGGCUUAUAACAAUGUAGAUAAGCUUCUGUAUACAGGUUCGUGGGAUAGCACAGUAAAAGCCUGGAACAUCUCAGAAAAACGAUGCGUAGAUUCAUUCAUGGCUCACGAAGGCAAUGUAAAUGCAAUCGUCAUAAACCAAGAAGACGGCUGCGUUUUCACCUGUUCUUCUGAUGGCUCUGUCAAGAUCUGGAGAAGGGUCUUCGGAGAAAGCUCCCAUAUCUUAACCAUGAUCCUCAAGUUUCAGCUCUCCCCCGUCAACGCACUGGCUCUCGCCGUCAACCCCUCGCCGUCGUCUAAACCCUGCAACUUUCUCUACUCCGGCUCCUCCGACGGCCUCAUCAAUUUCUGGGAGAAAGAGACCUCCUCCAGCAGGUACAACCAUGGAGAGUCCUUGCAGGGCCAUCACUUCGCAGUUCUUUGUUUAGUAACCUUGAAGGAUUUGAUUCUCAGUGGCUCUGAAGACACGACCAUUAGGGUUUGGAGGAGAGAUCACGGAGAAAAUGGGUUACUUCAUUCGUGUCUUUCGGUGAUCGAAGGCCACCAUGGCCCGGUGAGGUGCUUGGCGGCGGCAAUGGAGACCGAUAAUAUGGGAAAUAUGUUGGUUUGCAGUGCGAGCUUGGAUCAGAGUUUUAAGGUGUGGAGAGUGAAGGUCUUUCCGGCAAAGAAGUCGUCACCGCCGCCACCAGUGAUGAACAGCUCCGGCUGCUGCAGCUCAGAGAUGAUAGAACAGUUGAAGGAGAUUGUUGGGUGUGAGAUGAAUGCUGUUCUAUCACCUUCUUGGGUGGAGAAGAGGAAGCUCCAAGGUGGUGAUUAUUAUAUGUCUAGUAGUAAUCCUUUUUAG